AUGGCGAUGAAAGCGAUGGCAGAAUUGGAGGAGUGGAUUGAAAAGAAGGUGGAGGCGAUUUCCGCGCUGGCGGACGCGACUGGGACGGAAUGGGCGAGCGGCGUGGCGCCGUCAUCUCUGGGUACUAAGACAGGGCGCAAGCGAGCUCGCGUGGCGGAUGGCUCUUCCUCAAAGCCAAUGAUGAUGCAGCAGCAUCUGGCAGCCCUGUCAGCCCAUGCGGAAGCCAUCCGCGACAAGAGGCAAACUGUGGGGGAGGAAGAGAAGGAGGAUCAGGGUCAGGAGGAAAAGGAGGACGAGGGGGGUGAGGGGGAGAAGGAGGCGGAAGAGGAGGGGGAAGGGGAGGAGGAAGGGGAGGAAGAGGGGGGAAUGGGGGACGAGGAGGAGGAGAAGAAAAUUGAUCUGGUAGACGAGACAACGGAGGAAGGGGGUGAAGAAGAGUGGAAGCGUGAAUCUGCCGGAGAAGCAAGGGAGGAGAUGGAGGAAGCUGUGGUGGGAGAAGGGCGAGGGGAGGAGCCGGUAGACGAGACAAGAGAGAAAGGGGAUGAAGAAAACAUGGAUGGGGAUGGAGGAGUAAUGGAGGAGAUGGAGCAAGCGGUGGGAGAAGGGCGAGGGAAGGAGCCAGUGGAGGCAGUAGGAGCAGGGCUUGGGGGAGAGGGAAGAGAAGGGCACGCGGCAGAGAGGGAGGGAGCGGCAGAGAGGGAGGGAGCGGCAGAGAGGGAGGGAGCGGCAGAGAGGGAAGGAGCGGCAGAGAGGGAGGGAGCGGAAAAGAAUUGUGAAAAUAACGCCAAAGAUGCAGAGGAGGAUGCAAUGGAGGAAGGCGUUGGGGAUAAUUAUGACCUGGUUGAGGUGAGAGGUGGCAUUGAGCCCCUCGUUGCUGAAAACGGAAGGGGGCGGGACAAUGGGGACGGGGAAGGGAACGAAGCUAGAGAGAUUAUGCAGGGAAGCAUGGAGGAGAGGAGGGGAGGGGAAGGCGUGGUGGGGAGGGCAGGCGGGGAGCAGAGUGGUGCAGGAGAGGCAGAUGGGCCGGUGGGGAACGACCUGGUAGCGUCUGUGGAGCGAUGGGCGCAAGAGGCGGGGCUGUGCAGAGCAGCAGCAGUAGAGCAAGCCGCAGCAGCAGCUGGGCAGGUGCAGAGUGCACCGGUGGGGGGAGAACCCACCAAUGGUGAAGAGGCAUUCAGGGCGCGUCUGCAUGAGAAAAUCGACGCCUUGCUUCUGCUCAUCCCUGCUGAUAAGCAGCCCUUCUCUCGCCUCCACCAACUCGUGCUCGAUUGCCCCGGGCCCUCAACGCCGCCCUUCAAAACGGCGCCCUGGCAAUUAAAGAGCCUGAGAGUGCUGCACUUGAGCCGGGUGACUAACGCAGUUCUGGAGCAGGUGGGCGUGCUCACGAGCCUUGAGAUUCUCUCCUGCACGUGCUGUGAGGGGGUGCCUUUCAUGGGAUGGAUGUGCCUCGUCGGGUUGAAACGGCUGAGGCGGCUCUGCGUGGCUCCAGCGCAUCUGGACCGUCAUGGUCUGAGGAUGGACUAUCCCAAGGGAAGCUUGCCGGUGGUCUCGCGAGUGUUUGCAAGGCCACAGAAGAAGCACGGGGGCGUUUUUUGGGAGAGCUUUCAAGAACGCUCACGCUUGAAACGCUUGGAGGGAUUGCCGAGCCAAGAUGACGACAGUGGGGUGUGGCAUCUGCUGAGCUCGCUGCGAAUUCUUAAUCACCUGGAGCUGCAUGCACCACCGCGCUACAAGCACGCGUACAGGGCACUCGACGAGCUGCACCUUCUCACCACUCUCCGCAUCAGCGGGGCUUUCCUCGACAAUGAUGCGUUCACACGCUUGACUCGCGUAACGUGGCUCACCCACCUCAGCCUGGCUGCCUGCACCUUCACAACUGACAGCGUGGUGAUGAAAAUAGCAGCUGCCAUGCCGAAGCUUGAGUCCCUGGACCUGUCGGGAACGGCAAUCACCAAAGACGACACCGUGGACCUGAAAUGCUUGAACCAAUUGGAGCGCUUGACGCUGCAGCAGUGCCGCCAUGUGGGCGUGUCGUUUUUACGGUACCUCUGCCUUGUGCCUCGGCUUAAGGUGCUGGACUUGGGCUUCAACAACAUGCCGGCUGAUUGGUUGAGGGAUAUUCUGCAAGGGAAGCGGGUGAGGCGGCUGAGCGUGAGGGGGUGUGGGUACAAGGAGAAGACUCUGCAUGGGCUUGAGCGGCCUUGGAUUGUGAUUGAGUCGUGA